CCAUGGUUGUGUUGCUGGCAUCCCUGCUUGGCCGUUGCAGUGCGAACGAAAACGACGAUCCACCGAGGUUAAAACCUAGCCACGGGUACAUGUACACGCUGCAGCCAUUCUACACGUACGUUCAGAAUUCCGGCCCGUGGCACGCGUUCUACGCUAUCACGCCGUACACCUACUUCAACAUCAAACCGACGGCGUUCUACGGAUGCUUCACCAUCCCGAAACUCAUCUCUACCGACGAGUACCUGAAAGAUUAUCACUACAUAGAGAUCGGACCGCUCAAAGGACGCAAGAGGAUCAACCCUAAAGUUGGCAGAGCCCUCGCUCUACGCAUGAUCGGCAUAAUGUUUACGUAUCGAGCCCACCGCUGCAACUGUCGGCAUUACACGGAUUAUCUGCUCUACGGAACGACUUACGGGACACCUGCGGACCUUGCCUACCAGACUAUAAGUGCUGACUGUCCCUUGUACUACCCGUUGACAUCAAAAACCAACGUCUGGGACGAAGAUUUCACACUCCAGGACUAUUAUGGCAAUAAAAUCAAGUUGGGAAAACCGCCACAGAAAGAACAGAGCGUGCGUCGGCCUAGAUCGAGAUCAAAAUCAGGGUCAAUAUCAGGAUCAGAGUCAGGAUCAGAAUCGGGAUCAGAAUCGGGAUCAGAGUCGGGAUCAGAUUCUGAUGCGUAUUCAGUAUCAGCAAAAUCCCCAUAGCAUUGAUCGUUAAAUCUUAAGAGA